AUGUUUAGCAUCUAUCUUUUCAGCACCAUGGAAAUUAAUUCUCCUGACCUAUCUAGUGAACUAGAUUUGAUUAAAAAACCUCUACAUCAAGAAAAAGACCUCAGAUACAAAGGGAAAAUUAUAAGUGAAACAGAAUUAGAAGCAUACUUCUUGCAAACUUUUAGAGAGGCAAACUAUGCAAGUAGUACCAGAAUUCCUCUCCCUGGUGACGGACCAACUAUUCAGUCAAACAGUUCAGCACCAUCCAAGCAAACUGUUCUAUCUUGGCAAGCUGCAAUUGAUGCUGCUAGACAAGCCAAGGCUGCCCAAACUAUGAGCACCACCACAGCCCAACCUGUAGGAUCUCUGUCCCAAAGAAAACGCCAGCAAUAUGCCAAGAGCAAAAAACAGGGUAAUACAUCUAACAGUCGGCCACCCCGUGCCCUUUUCUGUUUAUCCCUCAAUAACCCAAUACGAAGAGCCUGCAUUAGUCUAGUAGAAUGGAAACCAUUUGACAUAUUUAUACUACUGGCUAUUUUUGCCAAUUGUGUGGCCUUAGCUGUUUACAUCCCAUUCCCAGAAGAUGAUUCUAAUUCAACUAAUCAUAACUUGGAAAAAGUAGAAUAUGCCUUCCUGAUUAUUUUUACAAUUGAAACAUUUUUGAAGAUUAUAGCAUAUGGAUUAUUAUUACACCCCAAUGCAUACGUUAGAAAUGGAUGGAAUUUACUGGAUUUUGUAAUAGUAGUAGUAGGAUUGUUUAGUGUAAUUUUGGAACAAUUAACCAAAGAAACAGAAGGAGGUAGCCACUCAGGUGGCAAACCAGGUGGCUUUGAUGUCAAAGCCCUAAGAGCCUUUCGUGUGUUGCGACCUCUCCGGCUUGUAUCAGGAGUGCCCAGUUUACAAGUUGUCCUGAACUCCAUUAUAAAAGCCAUGGUUCCCCUGCUCCAUAUUGCCCUUUUGGUAUUGUUUGUAAUCAUAAUCUAUGCUAUUAUAGGAUUGGAACUUUUUAUUGGAAAAAUGCACAAAUCAUGUUUUCUUGUUGAUUCAGAUAUAUUAGUUGAAGAUGAUCCAGCACCUUGUGCAUUCUCAGGGAAUGGACGUCAGUGUGCCAUAAAUGGCACCGAAUGUAGGGGCGGCUGGGUCGGACCAAAUGGAGGCAUAACCAACUUUGACAAUUUUGCCUUUGCGAUGUUAACUGUGUUCCAGUGUAUAACCAUGGAAGGAUGGACUGAUGUGUUGUACUGGAUGAAUGAUGCUAUGGGAUUUGAAUUGCCAUGGGUGUAUUUUGUCAGUCUCGUCAUCUUUGGGUCAUUUUUCGUACUAAAUCUUGUUCUUGGUGUAUUGAGCGGGGAAUUUUCCAAGGAAAGAGAAAAAGCCAAAGCCCGAGGGGACUUUCAGAAGCUGCGUGAAAAGCAGCAGCUUGAAGAGGAUCUGAAGGGAUAUUUAGAUUGGAUUACACAGGCAGAAGACAUUGACCCUGAGAAUGAGGAGGAGGGUGAUGAAGAAGGCAAACGGAACACAAGCAUGCCGACAAGUGAAACUGAAUCUGUGAACACUGAGAAUGUCAGCGGAGAAGGAGAGAGCCCAGCAUGCUGUGGCAGUCUGUGUCAAACUAUCUCAAAAUCCAAGUUCAGUCGACGCUGGCGUCGCUGGAACCGAUUCAAUCGAAGAAAAUGUAGAGCUGCAGUAAAAUCUGUCUCGUUUUAUUGGCUCGUUAUUGUCUUGGUCUUUCUGAACACAUUAACUAUCUCUUCUGAGCAUUACAAUCAACCUGACUGGCUGACACAGAUCCAAGAUACUGCAAACAAAGUACUUCUGGCGUUAUUCACCUGUGAAAUGUUAAUAAAGAUGUACAGCUUGGGCCUACAGGCUUAUUUUGUAUCCCUCUUUAACCGUUUUGAUUGCUUCGUCGUUUGUGGUGGCAUUGUUGAAACCAUACUGGUGGAGUUGGAAAUUAUGUCACCCCUGGGAAUCUCAGUGUUUCGUUGUGUUCGUCUUCUACGUAUUUUUAAAGUGACAAGGCACUGGACAUCCCUGAGCAACUUGGUAGCAUCCUUGUUAAACUCAAUGAAGUCCAUUGCUUCACUGUUGCUUCUGCUUUUCCUCUUCAUCAUAAUCUUCUCAUUGCUUGGAAUGCAGCUGUUUGGAGGCAAAUUUAAUUUUGAUGAAACUCAAACAAAACGGAGCACCUUCGAUAAUUUUCCACAAGCUCUUUUAACUGUAUUCCAGAUUCUAACAGGUGAAGACUGGAAUGCUGUGAUGUAUGAUGGGAUUAUGGCAUAUGGUGGCCCAUCGUCAUCAGGAAUGGUCGUCUGUAUAUACUUCAUUAUCCUCUUCAUCUGUGGUAACUAUAUCUUGCUAAAUGUCUUUUUGGCCAUUGCUGUGGAUAACUUGGCAGAUGCGGAAAGCCUGAAUACAGCUCAGAAAGAAGAAGCAGAAGAAAAGCAGAGGAAAAAGAAUGCCAGAAAAGAGAGUCUGGAAAAUAAAAAAGGUGACAAAUCAGAAGGAGACCAAAAGAAGGCCAAGGAUAAUAAGGUUACAAUUGCUGAAUAUCGAGAAGGAGAAGAUGAGGACAAAGACCCCUAUCCACCUUGUGAUGUACCAGUAGGUGAAGAUGAGGAAGACGAGGAAGAUGAACCAGAGGUACCAGUUGGCCCACGUCCCAGAAGAAUAUCUGAACUAAAUAUGAAGGAGAAGAUAACACCGAUUCCUGAAGGGAGUGCCUUCUUCAUUUUCAGCAGUACCAACCCAAUUCGAGUGGGAUGCCACAGGCUGAUCAACCACCACAUCUUUACAAACCUCAUCCUUGUCUUCAUCAUGCUCAGCAGCGUUUCCCUAGCGGCGGAAGACCCAAUUCGCAGUCACUCUUUUCGAAAUAACAUACUUGGUUACUUUGACUAUGCUUUCACAGCCAUCUUUACUGUUGAAAUCCUGUUAAAGAUGACAGCUUUUGGAGCAUUCCUUCACAAAGGAUCUUUCUGCAGGAAUUACUUCAAUUUGCUGGACUUGCUAGUUGUGGGUGUUUCUCUGGUGUCGUUUGGGAUUCAAUCAAGUGCUAUCUCAGUUGUGAAGAUUCUGAGAGUUUUAAGAGUCUUGAGGCCUCUAAGGGCAAUAAACAGAGCAAAAGGACUUAAGCAUGUUGUUCAGUGUGUCUUUGUUGCUAUUAGAACUAUUGGUAAUAUCAUGAUUGUCACAACUCUGCUCCAGUUCAUGUUCGCCUGUAUUGGUGUACAGCUUUUUAAGGGAAAAUUUUAUCGGUGCACUGAUGAAGCGAAACAGAAUCCUGAGGAUUGCCGGGGAAUAUUCAUUGUUUAUAAAGAUGGAGAUGUUGAUAACCCAAUGGUCAGAGAAAGGGUUUGGCAAAACAGUGAUUUCAACUUUGACAAUGUUCUGUCUGCUAUGAUGGCCCUUUUUACUGUUUCUACCUUUGAAGGCUGGCCUGCGCUGCUAUACAAAGCCAUAGACUCAAAUGCAGAGAAUAUAGGCCCUGUAUACAACUACAGAGUGGAGAUUUCCAUCUUCUUCAUCAUCUACAUCAUCAUCAUUGCCUUCUUUAUGAUGAACAUAUUUGUUGGUUUUGUCAUUGUUACAUUCCAAGAACAGGGAGAACAAGAGUAUAAGAACUGUGAGCUGGACAAAAAUCAGCGUCAGUGUGUGGAAUAUGCCUUGAAGGCACGCCCUCUGCGUAGAUACAUUCCAAAAAAUCCUUACCAAUACAAGUUCUGGUAUAUGGUGAACUCCACUGGAUUUGAGUACAUCAUGUUUGUCCUCAUCAUGCUGAACACGCUUUGCUUGGCCAUGCAGCACUACGGACAGUCUAAGCUGUUUAAUGAUGCAAUGGACAUUCUGAAUAUGGUUUUCACAGGCGUGUUCACUGUUGAGAUGGUUUUGAAACUCAUUGCAUUCAAACCCAAGGGCUAUUUUAGUGAUGCCUGGAAUGCGUUUGACUCCCUCAUCGUUAUUGGCAGCAUAGUAGACGUCGUUCUCAGUGAAGCCGAUAACUCUGAAGACAGCGCUAGAAUCUCCAUCACUUUUUUCCGUCUCUUCCGAGUGAUGCGAUUGGUGAAGCUUCUCAGCAGGGGUGAAGGAAUCAGAACAUUGUUGUGGACAUUUAUUAAGUCAUUUCAGGCUCUGCCAUAUGUUGCUCUUCUGAUAGCUAUGCUGUUUUUCAUCUAUGCUGUUAUCGGAAUGCAGGUAUUUGGUAAAGUUGCCAUGAGGGACAAUAAUCAAAUUAACAGAAACAACAAUUUUCAGACUUUUCCCCAAGCAGUCCUGCUUCUGUUCAGGUGUGCGACUGGAGAAGCGUGGCAGGAAAUCAUGCUGGCUUGUUUGCCUGGAAAACGCUGUGAUCCAGAAUCUGAUUAUAGUCCAGGGGAAGAAUUCACAUGUGGAAGCAACUUUUCAAUUAUUUAUUUCAUCAGUUUUUACAUGCUUUGUGCAUUUUUGAUUAUCAAUCUGUUUGUGGCUGUCAUCAUGGACAACUUUGAUUAUUUGACACGUGACUGGUCUAUUCUGGGUCCACAUCAUUUGGAUGAAUUCAAAAGAAUAUGGUCAGAAUAUGAUCCUGAAGCAAAGGGAAGAAUAAAGCAUCUUGAUGUAGUUACGUUACUGCGACGCAUUCAGCCUCCCCUUGGUUUUGGCAAAUUAUGCCCCCACAGAGUGGCGUGCAAGAGGUUAGUAGCCAUGAACAUGCCUCUGAACAGUGACGGAACAGUCAUGUUCAAUGCUACAUUAUUUGCCUUGGUUAGAACUGCACUGAAGAUCAAAACAGAAGGUAACCUAGAACAGGCAAAUGAAGAACUUAGAGCAGUUAUAAAGAAAAUCUGGAAGAAAACCAGCAUGAAGCUCCUUGAUCAAGUUGUCCCUCCAGCUGGCGAUGAUGAGGUAACCGUGGGGAAGUUCUAUGCCACCUUCCUGAUACAGGACUACUUUAGGAAAUUCAAGAAACGCAAAGAACAAGGACUGGUGGGGAAAUAUCCGGCGAAGAACACCACAAUCGCUCUACAGGCAGGACUAAGAACUCUUCAUGACAUUGGCCCUGAAAUUCGUCGAGCUAUAUCCUGUGACUUGCAAGAUGAUGAACCUGAAGAAAAUAAUCAUGAGGAAGAGGAAGAUAUAUAUAAAAGGAAUGGUGCCCUGUUUGGAAACCAUAUAAAUCAUGUUAGCAGUGAUAGGAGAGAUUCGUUUCAACAAAUCAAUACCACACACCGUCCCCUGCAUGUCCAACGGCCUUCAAUUCCAUCUGCAAGUGAUACUGAGAAAAAUAUGUACCACCAGGCCUCAAAUUCUGUAUUCCAUAACCAUCAUAAUCACAACUCAAUAGGAAAGCAUGUUCCAAACUCAACAAAUGCCAAUCUCAAUAAUGCCAAUAUGUCCAAAGUUGCUAAUGGAAGGCACCCAAACAUUGGAAAUCAUGAACAUAGGUCCGAAAAUGGAUACCAUUCAUACUCCAGAGCUGAUCAUGAGAGGCAUAGAAGAUCAAACAGUAAGAGAACACGCUAUUAUGAAACUUACAUUAGGUCAGACUCUGGUGAUGGGCAUCUACCAACUAUUUGCCGUGAAGAUCAUGAAGUUCGGGAUUACUGCAAUGAUGAUCAUUAUAUGGGAGAGCAGGAAUAUUUUAGCGGAGAAGAGUAUUAUGAAGAAGACUAUAUGUUGUCAGGAAGCAGGCAUACGUAUGACUAUCACAACAGAUAUCACUGCAAUGACUUAGAUUUUGAGCGGCCAAAAGGUUACCAUCACCCACAUGGGUUUUUUGAGGAAGAUGAUUCACAGAUCUGUUAUGAUUCAAAAAGGUCUCCUAGGAGACGGUUGCUACCUCCAACACCUACAUCAAAUCGCCGCUCUUCCUUCAACUUUGAAUGCCUCCGCAGACAAAGCAGUCAAGAUGAGAUACCUCUCUCUCCUACUUUCCACCACCGCACUGCUUUACCACUGCAUUUAAUGCAACAACAGGUCAUGGCAGUUGCAGGUCUGGAUUCCAGUAAAGCUCACAAACAUUCACCAAGUCGUUCAACACGUUCCUGGGCCACCCCACCAGCUACCCCACCCAACCGGGACCGUACUCCAUAUUAUACACCUCUAAUCCAAGUUGACAGGGCUGAAUCUACAGAGCAGAUGAAUGGCAGCCUACCUUCUUUGAAUAGGAGCUCCUGGUAUACAGAUGACCCUGAUAUUUCCUACCGAACAUUCACACCAGCCAAUCUAACUGUACCUAAUGACUUUAGGCAUAAACAUAGUGACAAACAGAGAAGUGCAGACAGUUUGGUAGAAGCGGUACUUAUAUCUGAAGGCCUAGGGCGGUAUGCAAAGGACCCUAAAUUUGUUUCAGCUACUAAACAUGAGAUUGCUGAUGCUUGUGACAUGACUAUUGAUGAGAUGGAAAGCGCAGCAAGUAACCUUCUCAAUGGAAAUAUUAGCAAUGGGCCCAAUGGGGAUAUGUUCCCCAUUUUAAGCAGGCAAGAUUAUGAACUUCAAGACUUUGGUCCUGGUUAUAGUGAUGAAGAACCAGACACUGGUAGAUAUGAAGAAGACUUAGCUGAUGAAAUGAUAUGCAUUACAACCUUAUAG